AAAAGAAAGAGAGGGAGCUACAGCAGGCAGCCCAGGGAAGCAGCUCUCUGCUCUCCUGGAUAAAGCCAUCUACCAGCAGCAAGGAGGAUGAGGAGGCAGAUGUACCUCCUCAACCCACUGAUGAAGAAGAAAGGUCAGAGUCAAGACCAGAGUCAUGUUAACUGUUUAGUACGGAGCCCCUUAAAGGUCAAGUCGAGAGAUUGUUUUUGGACUGACUUUUGCGUUCCCUCGCAAUAAGGUUUUGAUUCCCAUGAGCCACCACUGUCACUUCCUCUUAGAUGCCCGCACUGAUCGGUGACCAACGUAAACUUGUAUGAAGCUGGCGAGAUCUCCUUUUAACCUGUAGUGUUGUUAUUAUUGUCUUUCAUGCCGUUGUAAGUAGCCUACUUAAUUAGGUUCAGGAACCGGCACCGUGGCCGUUCUGUGUCAGUCGAAAUGCGUUAUUUGUGACUCCGGGCCCAACUCUGCCACUGAUUGGCCAGUCUGACAUUCUUCAUGAUACAUAAAGAACGUUAGUGAAACACAUAGGCCGAACAGAAACAUGCGUUGGUUUGGGGACAAGUUAGUGGUCACGUUACUCGUUCCACAGGCGAAGGACCCCGGACACAUACAGUAAACACACCGGUUGUUAGUAACUUUUAACACACGUGAGUCUUUGUGACUCUUGGCUCUUGUCCCCUAACUAACGCUUGUUUCUGUUUCACUAACGAUAUUUUCACCUGAUUAAGUCACAUCCUGUUAUUUGCUCUGUAAACCUAACGUUACAGCAGCCUACAAGCAUGCUGUGUCAAUAAAUCAGCUCACACACUGUUAGAAAUGUAGUAUUUAGCCUAAUAACAUCAUGCUACAGCAGUGAUAACGUCAGCUUUAGUCAAAUGGCUCUAGCUCUCCUGCUAAAUGUCAUAAACUCAUUUUCCCUGUAUGUUGACAUGAUAAAAAAAAUAGUGGGGCACUUUAAACAUUCCCCCCUGGCUUAUUCACGCCUUGAAGACCUACAAGAUGAGCUGAAAAUCACACCCAAGCGUCUGCAGCAGGAUGUGCAAACACGAUGGAGCAGUACCAGGCGCAUGAUUGACAGCCUUCUUCAUCAGAAAUGGGCGCUGCAUGCCUCCUCAUCUGAAUACAACCUGCCAGGCAUUCUAACAGGAAACCAGUGGGGCCUGUUAGAGAAGACAUCUAAGGUUCUGGCCCCCUUUCAAGAGCUAACAACUAAUGUCAGUGCCGCCUCCGCCACCGCAGCUGAUGUCAUCCCUUCUGUUCAUGUCCUGAUACGGUUCCUCAGCAAGGAGAGCGAAGAUGACCAGGGGAUCCAAACAAUGAAAGCCGCCCUUCUGGAUGCGGUUCGCAGACGUUUUGGUGACGUGGAAUCAGAGCCCCUGUAUGCCUUGGCAACGCUUCUGGAUCCUGGGUAUAAAGACAAGUACUUCACGAAUGCACACACCUCAGGACAUGCAAAGGAGGCAUUAAAGGCAGAGGUGGUGAAAACUGAAGAGGCGCUGGAGACCAGGCCCCCAUGUGAUGAAACCGUGUCCGAGCCAGCAGAGAAGACUCCACGGACGGAGGAUGCAGGCAGCAGCCUUGGCAGCAUCUUCCAUGAGACACUGGAGGAGAACAGGGCAGCAGCAGGUCCUUCUGAGCACAUCACCCCAGGAGCACUGCUUGAAAUAGAGAGCUACUUCAGCAAGGCUCUUCUUGAACGUAAGAACAAUCCUCUCCAUUACUGGGGAGUCAACAGAGCUCCAUUCCCCACCCUGGCCACAACAGCAGCGGAGUUCCUCUGUGCUCCCUGCACGAGUGUUGAGAGCGAGAGGCUCUUUAACACAGCGUCACUUAUCGUUGAGACAAGGAGCAGGCUGACAGCUGAGCAUGCUGAAAUGCUCAUCUUUUUGGAAAAAGAAAAUCUCCACUCCAUGCUCGGACUGCAGAAAGUGGAGUGA